GUCGCUCGUGCAUGACUGACUGACUGUUAGUGGGAAUAUACAAAUCAUUACACGUCAAAAUCAUUAAGAUGGUGAAUGUAGGAGCGGAUAACUGAUCAUAUCCGGAUUUGAGACAAACUUUUGGAUCCGUUUCUUUGGGAAAUAUUAAAUCACUAUGGCUUUCACUCCGGCGUCUUACACGAACAAUACAACCAUGUUUCCCUCCAAUAAUUCAUCCAUGCCUCUUAGUGCGGAGGAAACGGAAGUGAUUCUCCGGAAGUUGAAUGACCAGAAGGCUUUACAAUAUCUGCCGGUGAUUAUAUAUAUGAUGGUGCUACUUCUAGUCGGAACCGUAGGCAACAUUGUUGUGUUUUUCGUAUAUUGGAACAAGAAGACAAAAACUUCUUCGCAUUUUUUCAUUCUCAAUCUUGCUGUCCUUGACCUUUUGACCUGUUUAGUUGGCAUGCCAACAGAAGUGGCAGAUCUCAGAUACCCGUAUAUGUUCUACGCCCCGGCGGCAUGUAAACUUUUGCGCUUCAGCGAAUCUGUAUCGACUAUUGGGUCGUCCAUCACCCUCAUAGCUGUGGCAUUCGACAGAUACUACAGAAUAUGUAGACUGGGGAAACAGAUCUCGGUGAAAACGGCCAAAGGCAUCUGUGUUAUAGCCAUUAUCGUAGGAGUGGCGACGUCAUGGCCCGCCUGCAUCAUUUUCGGCGAGAAGACGGUCGACGUUGGCGUUGAAGGUAUCGUGGGUGUGGACUGUUCUACAGAUGAUUCCAUGCGACACACUUUGUACCCAACACUAUACUACGGUGUGCUCUUCCUUCUCUUCGUGGGGUGUGUUAUCUUCUUCACCGUAAUAUACUCUAAAAUAGGUUCUGUUAUAUGGUCGAGGAAGAAAAUAAAGAUAGGUGAAAAAGCACCGGAAAUUCCUCCAAGCAAAGACCGGACAUUCAAUGACAGUACGGCAUCAGAUCGUGUGUCCUCGGAUCCCAUUAGCACAGAAAUGUCGUCAGACCAGGAAGCAAACUGGGACGACACGCGCAGGAAUUCCACCGCGUCACGGAACGUAUUCAAAAAGCGUGGCCAAAAACAUCAGAUUCGCGUGACGAGAACCACAGUGGUUUUAUUUGCUGUCACGGUGGCAUACGUAAUCAGCUUUCUUCCAUUUCUGAUAUUCAUGGUCGUGCGAAGUAUUAAAAGAGACUUUGAAACUGGCCUGGAUCCAGCCGGAGAAGUAGCGUAUAAAUUCGGCUCAAAGUCCUAUUUCAUCAAUAACGCCAUCAACCCGGUCAUUUACAGUUUCCUCAAUGUAAACUUCCGAAAGGACACGAAAGCCCUGUUUAAGAGGUGUCUCGCAUGUUGCUGUUGUCGUAACAGAGACGUAUGAAGUUGAAUAACGUAUUUAAUGUUUUGAAACCAUGAUCACAAUCCAUACAUACACACAAAUGUGUUCGAAAUCCGUUAAGUUAUGUUUAUUGAUCCAAUAGAAUUCCAUCUACGACAAUUGAGACAUCUACAUGUCUUCUCUAGUUCGACAUUUACGGAUUGAGGCUGUUUGGUGCUGAAACCAGGUGCUGGUACAUCAUAUGGUAGAGACACCACUGCGCAAGCGCAUAUCGCCUGCGUUUGAUUGGGUAAAAGGUGCUGGACACUUAUACUCACUAUAAAUUGUUAUAUAAAUAACAAUUUCGUCUCUACUAUCCUUUGAUCGUCGUCAUCGCACAUCCAUUUAUCGUCUUAAUCACUUUUCAUAUUUACAAUCGUGAUUUUAAUUAUCUUUUUUUAUUAGAAAUGUCGCAAUUUGUACCAUUCCUAAAUCUAUACUCUUUUCUGUGAUUUCUUAGAAAAUAACUUGUCAUUUCUGCACCCUCUGUUUAUCAUAUUGUGACUUUCUUUCAUUAUUUAGGCAAUUUUUUACAGUAAUUAUUUAUAUUCAAGUCCUGCACAACCAAUAGCAGUGAGUUCAUCAACUGUGCGCAAGACACGUUAAUUUUGAAUAAUCGUUGAUCUCUCUUUUUUUUUCAAAAAAUGAAUCAUAAGUGAAUUUUGAAUGUGAUCGAAGCGUAGUAGAAACCGAUAUUAUGUUAAUUUACUAAAUACUCGCAUCUAUCAAAGAACCUAUUACAUUAGUUUGGGUUGAAUUGUCAACAGGAACCCGUGUUUUCGUCAAAUAUUACAGAAUGUAUACAGUUUUGAAAAAAAAAGUCUACAGGGACCAGCGGUUUCUUUGUUUUUAUUGUAUGUGUACAAGUAUUUGUAUUUAUAAAUUUACUUCAAUUUUAAAUAUUGUUGCAUUUUUGUAAUGUCUGUUCUUUAAAAAGACUGUACCCGUUUAGAGGAAUAAGUUGUUAUCAUUUGUUUGUCGUAAUUUGCUAUAAAGAAUCUAUUACAUUUGAAUUGUUAUUUGUACCUCUUGUCAAUUUUAUAUAUUUACGUAUUUACGUGGUUUGUCUUGUAUGUUUUCCAGUAGCUAUCGAGAUGUGUUCCACAUAUAUACAGUAGCAUUGUCAGGUUGGGUUGCUUUCCGAUGUCCGUUUUUACUGGUGUGCAUAACCGUUAUGUUGUCAUCUGCUGUGGUCACAUUUCUCGGCCGAACUUGAAGUUUCAAAGGCCCAUUAAGAUUGUUAUUUUUUGUCCCGAAAAACCAACCCACUAACACAAACAUUUGAAUCAAGGUGUGCAUUUUCUAUAAAAUUAGAUCGGAAUAGUAUUUUAAUGAACUACUAGCGUUAAAAUACUGCAUAAUCAUAUAUUUCCCUGGGACUCAAAUAUAGUCGAACUUCGUUAUCUCGAAGUCGUCAUGGCCGGAAGCUUCGAGUUAUCCAAGUAUUCGAUUUAAGUGAGAUCAAAAGUCUGGUGAAAAGUUUAGCCGGGACAGAAGAAAUACUUCGAAUUAAACGGUUCUUCAUGUUAUACGUUCGAUAUAACAUACAGUUAUUUAGUUCGAGAUAACGAGGUUCGACUGUAUUGUAUGGAUAAUUUAUUAUUUAAAAAACGCACGAAAAUUAAUGAUUUUUCAGUAGUUUUUUAGAUUUGACUUAUGAUGGAACUGAAUUGUAAAGUUUAUCUUUUUUGUUGGGCAUCAAUGACGAAUUGUUCUAUAUUUCAAAUCUCUAAUACUGCUUUCUUACUCGAGUUGCUUUUCAAAAUUACGUACACGUGAAGGACAAUGUCAUGUGCUACUUUUGUUUCCUAUUCUCACAUUUUUCAUUAAAAUAUGUCUUCAAUUUAA